AUGUUUGCCACUAGAACUGGAGCUCUUCUUGCGUCUUCCAUCAAGAGUGGUCCCUCUCUGCUAUCUGCAAAGCCACAAGCAAGAUCCAGCUCGGUAUCCACAAACUACCGUAAGACUCGGGAAUUUGCCUCUGUCGGUAGCGAGAAUUACGAGUCUCCAUCUCUGGUAAUCUUCGACAAGGAUGGAACUCUUUUGUGCUUCCACACCAUGUGGGUUCCAUGGAUCAAACAUGCAAUUGAAAGGUAAACUUUGUACCAUACCGUAGUUUUCUUAUCAGUCAGAUCUGAAGAUCAAAGACUCUAGAAAGAUGUUUACUACCAGAUCUUCAUUUUGAAUACCAUAGUCACAUGUGUUUUGCUUUCUACUCUUGCUGGUUAUCACUACAUGUGUUUGCAAAAAUGUUCAGAUUUCUUUGGAACAAAGUAUUCUGAUCAUUGAUGAUCUCUCACGUCAUCAGGGAUACUUUUAAAGGUGGUCAUGUCCAUGACAGUCUCUCAUGAUUGUGGAAUACUCCAGUUCUUUCUUGAAAAAUAAAGAGACAGUAUCAUGUGAAGAAGAGACAUGGUUGUUUCUUCAGCAUUGAAAAUUCAACACAACUGGAAUUGUAUCCAAAACUCGCAGAAGCGCUUGGACUGUGCCUCGUCGAAAACAAGGUAGCAUUCACGGAUUAUUUAAACAACACAGAUGUACGUUCAGGUAAAACCAGGGCUUCUCGCGGAAGGCACAACUGGCCAGAUUGCUCACGAGAUAUCAACACAUCUUAUGGAGAGUGGAAUUCGAUCUGUAGAGGUUACCAAUUUCAGCGUUUUCUUCUAAUUUCGGAAAAAAGUAUUUCAGGCCAAAGAACUGGCUAUAAAUUCACUGAAACAGUCAAGUGAGAAGAUCAUUGCCAACGAGCUCGUCAAAGAACUUUCCGACACCGUGGCCCUUUUCACUCGUCUCAAGCAACAUGGCACAAAGAUUGCAGUCUGUACUGCUGACAACAGGUAGCAUGUGUUUCGCGUCAUACUAAUUUCAAAAUUCAAUUGUUUCAGGAAAAGUUCGUUGCUAGCUUUGAAACGUAUGAACGUCAUGAAUAUGGUCGAUAUGGUUGUUUGCGGAGAUGACAAGAACACGAUCCCGAAACCGAGUCCCCACAACGCGCUGAAAAUCUGCCGGUACUUGGGAUUAGAGCCAGCGGUUCGAAUCGAAUAAAUACUGUGCAUAAACAGAAUAAUUUCAGAAAGCUAUCAUGGUCGGAGACACGCGAGUAGACAUGGAAAUGGCCCACAAUGCUGAACUUGGAGCGGCGGUCGGUGUGCUGUCAGGUGUCGGUUGCAGAGAUCACUUACACAAAGCCGAUUUCCUGCUUGAUCAUGUUGGUCAUUUGGUAGAAACCUUCUAUGAGACAAGAUGA